AGUGCGCCGACGUCCCAUCGAUCGCGCUUGCGCGCGCGCGCGCGCCCGCCGCGGGGCUGGAGAGCUGGACCGCCGCCAUAACCUACGGCCAACGGCUGGAAUAUCGUGCUCAGCGCGUUCGCAUUAUGAAUAACCAGAUGCUUCGACAGCUACAAAAAUAAAGCCGCAUUAUUGGCACGGGCCGCAUCGCGCGCUACAGGAAGAAAGGCGCGAGCUGCUCAGCUAUUUAUAAGGAAGAAAAAACUCCCAAGGUUCUACCUAGCAGUUGGAUGCGAUCGUGGAGGAAAAGCGUCAAACUCGAGCGCAAGCUAAUGCCGGGGCAGCCGAGACGUCGCGGCGAGAGAGCAGUACGCGGAAGAUAUUCUCAAAAUGGUUUUUGGAACGUAGCGCCGCUCGGCGUCUUAUUUAUAAUCCCCGCAGGGGAGAAUAAAGCACUUGCGCCCGGCAGUGCGAUUCUCAAAUAUCUUCGACGAGACCCUCGCGCGCCACGCCAUCUGUGGCGAUAAAACGCACACGCGCAGCCGAGCUUCCUCGCACUUGUCACUCCAAUUUCGUUCAGUGAGCAUCGAGACGCGCAGCUAGCCAGCCAGCAUGACGGACCUGUCGCCCAAGGAUGUCGAAAAGGCCGAGUUCGCCUUCUCCAUCUACGACGCCGACGGCACCAACGUCAUCGACGCCUUCGACCUGGGGAACGUCCUGCGCGCGCUCAACACCAACCCCACGAACGCGACCAUCGAGAAGCACGGCGGCACCAAGAAGCGGGGCGAGAAGACCAUGACGCUCGAGGAGUUCCUGCCGAUCUUCAGCGAGGUCAAGAAGGACAAGGACCAGGGCGUCUACGAGGACUUUAUCGAGUGCCUCAAGCUCUACGACAAGCAGGAGAACGGCACGAUGCUCGGGGCCGAACUGACCCACACUCUGCUCGCCCUGGGUGAGAAGCUGACCGAGGAGGAGGUCGAGAUCGUCGUCCGAGACUGCCUGGACCCGGAGGACGAGGACGGAUUCGUUCCCUACGGCCCCUUCGUGAAGAAGUUCAUGGUGUAGGCGGGCACGAGUCAGCAGCGCUGAACGAGCCGAUCGGCAAUCCGUUCCUCAAACGAUUGUGCGAGAAAGCUGCCGCGGAGUAAACGGAGGGGAGCGUGGAAGUACUUCUUAAGGGAGAGAGAAAGAGAGGGAAGCACUCGUCGAGCGAGCCAAUUGGCCGAUCAGCAAGCUUCAUCAGCGGUGCGCAUCCCUGCGGGAGGCAGAGCCACGAGGAGCAUUUCAUCGUGGAAAUUGCAAAAUUCAAGAUAAACCAAACGAUGAGGAUGACGACGACGUGCCGAGCUUGAAUUUACGAAUUUCUCAUUUUCUGUUACAUGCUUAUGGUUAUGGUUAUUGUUAUUGUUAUUGUUAUUGUUACUCUUACUGUUACUCUUACUGUUGGCACCGGGCUUCGAUAGAAAUUAAUUUGUGCACUAAAUGUCUACCAGUGUUUUUAAUAAAAAGUAAAAAAGAAUGGAA